AUGGCACGAACCACAAGAAGCUCGGCCGCAAAGGCCCAGGCUGUGCACGUACUACCCGUCCACGAUAACGAGCCAGUACAACUUUCCAGCCCACCACCAACGCCAGAGGCACGCAAUCCCCGAAAGAGGAAAGCAGUCAAAGAGGAAAACUCUCCACGUAUUAAGACCAAGGAUCCAUCCCCCACACGUAGGAACAACAAGCGCACCAAGACAUCUGCAGUAAAACAAGAGGACGCCAACGAACUUCCACAUAACCUCGGUGCUAUUCCUGAAAUUGCUAUCAAGCAAGAAGAUGGUGACAAAAAAGCUUCAAAGAACACCAGAAAGCCCGCCAAGCACACGACCCCUAAGAAAGAGAAGGCUGAAACCCUUGUCUCCAAAGCAGCCACGACGAGCGAUGAAGCCCCGAAGAAAAAGGGCAAGGGCAAAACUGGUGGCUACGGCCUCACGCCUGGGCAGACACCCUACCCAAAUUACCCUCAUCCAACUGCGGAAGAGUGUGAGGAAGUCACGCGUAUCCUCUCAAAGGUGCAUGGAAAGGUAGAGGCUCCAAAGACGAUUCCUGCUCCAUCACUUGAUGUAUCUGGCUGUGGAGAAGUUCCGUCUGUCCUAGAUGCUCUUAUCCGUACUCGUCUUUCUGCUGCAACGUCUGGCACCAACUCGUCGCGCGCUUUUGCUGGUCUUGUCGCCAAAUUCGGCGUUCUGAAAGAAGGCAUUGGCAAAGGCAGCGUGGAUUGGAACAAGGUCCGCCAGGCAGAUCAAAAAGAAGUAUUCGAAGCCAUCAAGAGUGGUGGACUUGCAGACGUGAAGAGCAAAGACAUUAAGAAAAUUCUACAGAUGGUGUGGGAGGAGAACCAAGCACGGCGCCAGGAACUGCUAUCUUCUGGUAAAGCAGCUGGUUCCGCUAAUGAGGCCGAAGAAGAUAAGCAUGCAGAGAUCGAAAAGGCGAAGCAGAAUAUCAUCUCUCUGGACCACCUGCACCAGCUCUCAACCGAUGACGCUUUUGAUGCCCUCACAAAAUACCCUGGCAUCGGACCAAAGACGGCAUCGUGUGUGCUUCUUUUCUGCCUUCAACGACCUUCAUUCGCCGUCGAUACACACGUCUUUCGACUCUGCAAGUGGCUCGGAUGGGUACCUGCAACGAGUGAUCCUGCGGGCCUGGCUCCAGGCGCAAAAGGCGCAUUCGCUGGACCAACACGCAACUCGACAUAUGCUCACUGUGAAGUCAGAGUGCCCGACCAUCUGAAGUACCCGUUACAUCAGCUACUCAUCAAGCACGGAAAGACAUGCCCGAGAUGCCGAGCGAUCACUGGCGAGAGCAGCGAAGGAUGGGACGAGGGUUGCCCAAUCGAACAUCUAGUGCAGAGGACUGGUGGGCGUAAGGGUGAUGGUGCAAGCCCAGUAAAAGGUGGAAGUACAAAGAAGGUGAGGCCAAAGAAGAAGAUCGUUGAGGAAUACGAGAGCGACGCUGAAAGCAGUGGUGCGAGCGACGCUGAAAGCAGUAUCCUAAGCGACAUAGUGAGUGAUGCAGAGGUGGAGCAUUCCGAGCAAGAAGAUUUUGAAGUCGAGGAUUGA